CCGCCUGCACAACUUCCCCUGACAUCACUGCCCAAAUAAGGAGCUUGAAACGAACCUUUUCUAUUGCAGCCCGGCAGAAGAUCCCCCCGGAGUCCCAGGGUCUGCAGAGGCAAUGGCAGAGCCGCGGCUGCAGGGCGGGGGGCGAGCGCAGACCAUUUCUACUCCUUACCAAGACCAUUUUGAAUCCUAAUCCUGGCUUCCGAAGUACUUGCAGCCCGUCCCAGCCUGGUAUCAGCCGCACUUUUAACUGAAUUAAAUCUUGGGCAGACGAGGGAGAGACACCAUCAAAAUUACAGGCUAUCAAGGCCACUAAAUGUUGGAAAUGCUUUUCCAAGGCUUUUGAACUCAGAAGUGGAACAGAAGGAAGACACAGGGGGACGUACACCGUUCAGCAUUAUUUUCCUUGCACAGGAAAAAAAGAUCAUUAUGAGAUGAGCACUAAAGUCUCAAGUUUUCAAAGGUUUGCAUAACAAACAAGAGACACAUUGUGGGUUGCAUCUUGACUUUGAAGGCUUGCCACUGUCAACUGAAAUAAAAUGGCAAGGUUUAAAGCCUUAACCAAGUUCACAAGGAAAAUAUUUGGACUAAAAGUUUUGGAAAGUUUUCUCUCUUUGAAGUAGUUUGUCAUGUGUUACCAAUGUGAACUUUAUUGACCUUGAAACAUUUUUUUUUUUGAGUCAAAUAGCAACUAGUGACACUUUAGUAAAAUCUUAAAUCAACAACCAUCUCCUGGCGACUCCAGCUUCGUAGCAAAUGCAGGCAAAACAGGGAAUCUGCAGAAGAGACCUUUAUUAUUCGUAAAUGAAGCCUGCCAAAACCUUCCCGAAAUAGCAUUCAAAGACCCUUUUAAGGUCAUGGAUCCUGAACAAAGCCAGAAGAGCACAAAAAAGGCUGAGGAAAGUCCAAGAAAGAGGCUUCCCAAAGGAGAGGCUUUCCAAGCCAGUAUUUCAUCUGCAGCUACGUAUCAGGGCAGCUCUGCUUCUUCGCAAGGAACCCCUCUCCGAGAUCUCAUAUCGCAGCAGCACUUUUCUGGCUCUUUGCCGAUUCCAAGAGAGGAAUCUCAGGAGAAGACUGGACAUCAGAAGCAACCUAAGCCUUCCUCUUUCGAACACCCUCCCCACGUCUCGCAGCUUCAGCAGCACGCACUGUCACCAGCAUUCAUGUCUCCUGGGAAACCCGAGCACGUCCUUGAAGGGCCCACAUGGCAGCUAGUUGAUCCCGUAAGACCAGGUCCCUCUGGCUCCUUUCCAUCGCCCGGGCUUCACGCACACCACGGCCAGCUCUUACCUUCCCAUUCACCGAUCAUUCCUGGAGAGGACAUGCCGUCCGUUCAAAAGGUCUACAUCCCUCGCCCUUCACAGGUUCCCUUAAAACAAGCUGAGGAAGUGCACAAGAAGGAAAAGAAACCUCAGAAGCCAGGCAAAUACAUUUGCCAGUACUGCAGCAGGCCUUGUGCGAAGCCAAGUGUGCUCCAGAAACAUAUCAGGUCACACACAGGUGAGAGGCCGUACCCUUGCAUUCCAUGUGGCUUUUCUUUUAAGACUAAGAGCAAUUUGUAUAAACAUAGGAAAUCUCAUGCUCAUCGAAUAAAAGCUGGGCUGGCCUCAGGGAUAGGAGCAGAGAUGUAUCCGUCGAGCUUGGAAAUGGAGAGGAUUGGUGGGGAGGACUUUGAGGAGCCAACAGAAGGGGAAAGCACAGAUUCGGAGGAGGAGACGGGAGCGAUGUCGGGUCACCCUGCAGAGCUCUCCCCCAGGCAGAAGCACACCCUGCUGUCCAGCAGCCUGCUGAGCGCCGGGAGCCAAGGCUCCAGCCAUGACCGCUGUUCCCUGUCCCAUUCCAGUAUGUCUCAGUCGCUCGAGGACAGCAGCCAGUUUGCAGAGCCGCCAUCUGACCAAGCUCUGAGCCAUAAAUCAGAAGAUACCCACACGAUAAAGCAGAAGCUUGCACUCCGCUUAAGCGAACGGAAGAAGGUCAUAGAUGAACAAGCUUUCCUGAGCCCGGGGAGUAAAGGAAGUACUGAGUCGGGCUACUUCUCCAGGUCAGAAAGUGCAGAGCAGCAGAUCAGCCCCCCAAAUACUAAUGCAAAAUCUUAUGCAGAAAUUAUUUUUGGGAAAUGUGGUAGAAUUGGGCAAAGGACUGCAAUGUUGUCUACAAACACAACGCAGGGGUUUCCGCAUCUCUCGACUGAAGAGAAACCCAGUAUGGUACCAUUAUCUGUGCCUAGAACACAGGUUAUUGAACACAUCACUAAGCUAAUUACAAUUAAUGAAGCUGUUGUAGAUACCAGUGAAAUAGAUAGUGUUAAGCCUAGAAGAAGCUCUUUAUCUAGACGGAGCAGCAUUGAAUCUCCAAAGUCUGCUGCUUAUAGGGAACCAUUUCAGUUUGAUAUCAAGUCCGGUUCCGGUAGCCAGUUGGAUGCCUCAAAAGCGUUGACAUCCCAUGGUGAAAAAAUGAAGCCCGAACAAUCAUUGUUGUCACUUCAGCAAUCCCACAGUGCCACAGAGACAGUGCCUCUCCUAAGAAGCCACUCAAUGCCUUCUGCUGCAUGCACUAUAAGCUCCCCACACACCUUCAGAGGUAGCUAUUCGUUUGAUGAUCACAUCAUGGAGCCCGAAGUCUUAAGCCGCAGUCAAGCAUUUUCUUCCCAUCCUCGAAUGCUAAAACGACAACCAGCUAUUGAGCUACCUUUGGGAGUAGAAUAUGUCACGGAGGAGGUUAGCUCUGCGGGCAAAGAAACUGUUUCCAAACCUCCCGAGGAGCCUGAAACCAAGGAAAGCGAUCUUACCAAAAAAUCACGGAAGGGGACGAAAGUUAAAGGGUUCAUGUAUGAAUGUAAUGUAUGUGGUGCUCGGUAUAAGAAAAGGGAUAAUUAUGAAGCCCAUAAGAAAUACUACUGUUCAGAACUGCAGCUCUCAAAGCCACGUUCUUCCAUUUCCCAUACCUCUUCAGAGACUGAGAAAAAUGUCAUGGAUCCUGACACAUGGCCCCAAGUGAUGCAUUACAAGCUAGGGAGCACUUUGGAGCUUACCCCGCUCCGAAAACGGCGAAAAGAGAAGAGCCUGGGUGAUGAUGAGGACCCUCCAGCUUUUGAGCUGUCGGAUACUCCCUCCUCCAGCACUGGGCCAGGGGCUCAGUUUGCAAACCCGGCAUCAUCUGACAUCGCUUUAAACCUAACCCGUGAAUCCAUGAAGUCACCAGCAGACCCGGGGAAAUCCACACCUUCUGAUGUCAGUGCCAGCUUCCAUUCCAGGAACACCAAACUGGUUUCAAGCACGGAAGGCAAAGAGAGAAGGACAACCUCAAAGGAGAUCUCUGUCAUCCAGCACACGAGCUCCUUUGAGAAGUCCGACUCCAUCGAGCAGGUGAGCGGCUUGGAGGGCGAAGAAAAGCCCACACCACAGUUCCCAUCUCAGCCAACUGCGCAGCACAGCCGACCACAUCACUCCCUGCAGCCCAAGCUGGUGCGACAGCCCAACAUCCAGGUCCCAGAGAUUCUGGUCACGGAGGAGCCUGACAGACCAGAAACGGAGCCAGAGCCUCCUCCGAAAGAGCCAGAAAAAACAGAGGAGUUUCAAUGGCCACAGAGAAGCCAAACGCUUUCUCAGCUCCCUGCAGAGAAACUCCCACCAAAAAAGAAGAGGCUGCGACUGGCAGAAAUGGCUCAAUCCUCUGGAGAGUCCAGCUUCGAGUCGGUCUCUCUCACCAGAAGCCCGAGCCAGGAGAGCAGUGUAUCCCAUGGCUCCAGCCAUUCUGUGUCAUUUGAUAGAGAAGAUCACAGCAAGACGGAGCCCAGCAGCCAGCCUCCUGAAUCCCACUCCAAGCCUCCAGGUGUUGGCUCCCACAUGUUGAUGGUCCCAAGCCACCACCACCACCAUUCCAGGGAGAUGCGGAGAUCUGCCUCUGAGCAGACACCCAAUGUGUCCCAUGUUUCCCAGAUGUCGGAGACCCGCAGCAAGUCCUUUGACUAUGGGAGCUUGUCCUCCACACCUGCCUCCACUCCCGGCCCCUCCACCUCCUCGGCUCCCCAGGAGAGGAGGAAAUGCUUUCUUGUGAGGCAGGCAUCCCUCACCAGGCAUCCGGAGCAUGAGCCAGACCCAGCCCCAGCAGGCCGACCAGAGGCAGAAGACCCAAUUCCUUCCUCGAGCAAAUCUCCCUCAACAAGUUUGCCCCAUCAGCCGCCAUCUUCAUCCCCUUUGCCCUCUCACGGUACCUACCCAAGCGAUAAGAGCCAGCCAAAAGACAGCCCCCAGCCUGCAUAUACCCAGCCCUACACAGAAGCCCUACAGGUCUUCCAUCCCAUCCCCCAGCUAACGCUGCACGAAAAGCAGUACCUCUCCCCACAAGUUUCCAUAUUCCCCUACCAGCCCCUCCUGCCCCAGCCAGGGCAGCCUGCAGAGCUCUUUGCUGCACACACCAUGUCCGACCUGCUCUCUGCGCAGCUCACCGUGCCCCAGCUUCCCCCUUCCAUCUUCCAGACCCCUCCACUGCCCCUCCAGCAGACGCUGCUGCACCCGGGCCCGCUGCACCUUGCUCCGCCGCUGAUACCGCAUCCCACCGAGGUGCCCUUCAGGCAGCACCCCUCCUUCCUGCCAGUGCACUACCCCAGCUCCUCGCCAAUCUCCUCUGCCUUUUUCCUGCCUCUUCAGUCUCAGUUUGCUCUCCAGCUGCCAGAAGCUGGGGGACAUUUACCACAGCUCAAAUCCAGUUUAUUCCCAGCAGCAGGGACCUCCAGCCUUUCCCCGUGCACAGAAUACAGCUCGGACACUCGGUUGUACCCCCUGACCCGCACGACAAGUCCUUCGGUGCCCGUGUCCACAGCUCAGCUCGUCGUUCCCACGCGGUCGGACCCUGUGGUGUCCCUCGUGGUCCCCGUCCGCAUUCAGACCAACAUGCCGUCCUACGGGAGCGCUAUGUACACCACGCUUUCCCAGAUCCUGGUCACUCAAUCCCAGUGCAGUUCCUCUUCUAUCGUUCUCCCCAAAUUCGAUGAUUGCCAACCCAAGGGCACUCUGGUCUGCAGUGCUGAUGUGCACGGCCUUGGGUUUGAUCUAGCACAGAUGAUCACAGAGGAGCAAAGGAUUUUCCAGAGCCCGUACCUGAGGGUGCCUUUACCCCUGCCGGAGCGAAAGGGCUGCAUCCCGCUCACCUCCCCAGCAGACACCGUCCUUGGCCUGGAGGGAGGCCCGUCCACCGUUGGUGGAAGCAAGAGGAUGCUCUCUCCAGCGGGCAGUUUGGAGCUGACGAUGGAAACGCAGCAGCAGAAAAGAGUGAAAGAGGAGGAGGUGUCAGAAGCAGAGGGGAAGUUAGAAGUGGUGAAGCCACCCAGUGCAAUAGAGGAGGGGAAAAAGCAGGAUAAAGCUCACUUUCUUACCGAAAGCCAAGGCAGGGUUGAGGUUGAAACACCGCCUAGUUUGUCCUUAGAGCAGUCGGAGCUGAAGGAAACCCCGAGUACUUUGCAACAAGCCGUGUCCCGGUCCGGUUCUCCAAGCUUUGAGGCGCUGGAGGAGUAUCAGCAGCCAGCUGGCAAGCAGCCCCUUGUCAAGGCACCUUUACAAAGCGUGAAGAAAGAAGACUCCAAAGAGCCGGUGGAGCAGCCUCCACCAAGCCCUCCAAGCCCUGCACCUCUGUCCGAGGUCCCUUCAAGUGCAAUGAAGUCUCGAGAAGGUACGGAUAUGAAGAAGGUACUUCAGUUUCCCAGUCUCCACACAACCACUAAUGUCAGUUGGUGCUAUUUAAACUACAUAAAGCCAAAUCACAUCCAGCAAGUUGACCGGCGGUCUUCAGUGUAUGCCAGCUGGUGUAUUAGCUUGUAUAACCCCAACCUUCCGGGUAUAUCCACUAAAGCUGCCCUGUCCCUCCUGAGGUCCAAGCAGAAGGUGAGCAGGGAAACCUACACCAUGGCUACUGCUCCACGGCCAGAGGCAGGCAGGCUUGUCCCGUCCAGCUCCAGGAAGCCCAAAAUGACAGAGGUUCAUUUGCCUUCGCUCCUUUCUAAUGAAGGUCGAAAAGAUAUAACUAGAGCUGAGAAGGAAGAGGAUAAAAGAGGAAAACCAGAAGAAGAGGCUGUUGUAACCAAAAGAGGGGAGCCAGUCAGGAUCAAGAUCUUUGAAGGAGGGUAAGUGUCAAUUUUAUUUCUCUUUUUUUACCGAUUGUAUGGGAGUUGUUGGUUACAGUGAUGGCAAGUCAGUGGAGGUGCCGUGUGGAGGCCAGGUAUAGCUGGAUUCCAGAUUUCCUUCAGCAGCCACCUUGCAAACCCAGCCCUCGAGAUCAGCAGAUACUUCGGACUGCAUUCAUGUUCUUUUCUGAGUUGUCUUCAAUUAAGAGCCUCCUUGAUCUCAUCUGUGAGCAGGUGGUUGAGUGAAGACAGCUGAAGAGCACAAAUGCAUCCUGCAGCUGUUUCUGAUGUGGCAGAGAUGUCUUCUGCAUCCUUCCAUAGCCUUCUCCUGAAAAUGAACCUCCUGAUGGUUGUUGUCUUGUGAUGAGAAACUGGGGAGCUCCUUCCUUGGGUUUUAGAUGGGGGAGCAAAGAACCAUUGUAUUCAUGUGAUUUUAAACCCGCCCAACUGAAGUAGCUCAAACCAGAAUGGAUGCAAGGUCUAAAUUUGAUGUAUAUCUUUAUUCUUAGGUCCAGGUAAUGCGGAGUGUUAUUCAGUAAUUCAGCACUGGUCUAAUAUUAUUGUUUAUCUUUUCAAAAACGAAAAAUCAGUUAAUGAGUAGCAUGUCUGUAGGAUGCAAUUAGUUUCAUACUUCAAGAUCAUCCUUCCUGUGUGUUGCAGAAUCCUGAGCAGGAUUCAUCAGUUCUUCUCUUGCCAUUGGGUGGUCUCGGUUUUUGUGUGCUAGAAAAAGGCUUUAAUUAGUCAGUGGUUGUGGUUUUCUCUCUGCUGUUACCUGUUGAAGUUUGCUUUUAUUUUAAAAUAUUCAUUAACGGAUGAUCAAACCAUCUAACCAGAGGAGUAAAGCGGUGCUUUGUGAGAAGAAAGCUGCUUGUUGGCUCAGGACUGCUCACCUCUCACCCAGACUGCAUGCACAGCUCGGGUUUAGGUGUGUGUUGGCAAUGAGUGAUGAGCACUGAGGGCCAACCCUGAAAGGAG